CCCUUGAGGGUUACGAUGAAUAAGGUAGGCAUCACUCAAGUAAGGUAACCACCUGCCUUGGAAUAAGUUCAAUUGGAGCUCCAGAGCCUCGGGUUCUAGUUGGCCCGAGUGGGUCCCCUAGGCCCACUCCGCACUUCUCUCUCUGGUGACAAUAUCGAUCUUCUGGUUUCCUUCUCCCUCUUACCCUUUGUCUUGUCAACAAACAACUUUUUUUUCGUUUUUUUUUGUGAAUACCACGAAUCAAAAACGAAACAAAAAUGGUCAACUUGACCGAACUUCCGCCGCCUGCCGCCGAGGCACGCGAAGAGAGAGAUGAGAAGCGCGUAGACGCCGCGACCCCCGAGGAGGAGAAUCCCUCCACUGCCGCCGCCGAUGCCGCCGCUGAUGUCGCCGCCGAUGCGGCCACCGAGGAGCCCGAGAUGGCCGAGAAGCCUGAGAUGGCUGAGGAGUUACCCGAGGAAGAGAAUCUUCCUGCUGCUGGGCAAAACACUCAGUCAUCCACGGCCUUGUUUCCUGUGGGAAAUCUCGAGCGUAUGAUAGACGACUGGUUCUCGGCGGGUCACGCUGAGAUCCCCCUGAGGGACCUCCUCCCUGCACGGUUUUCAGCCACUCCGAGCAAGGCCUGGGCAGGCUCGGAUAGCGAAGGGGAAGAAGAGGAGUUCGCCUCCCUAGAGGAGCUGGUCCUCUUUCACGUCGUCAGGUGCAGGCCCGAGUUAGACGUCAAUGGCCUGGAGGCCAUGUAUACUGACUGUCUCAACGCUGGUUUCAAAUACCUAGUGGCAAGUAACGAGCAAGACGUGAACACCGGGGCCUCGAGAUGGCUCGCGAUGAGAGCGAUGUGGCGUCUCCUUGGUGCUCCUGGUACCUGGCCCAAGUCGAAAGCCAUGCCGGAGAUCACCCACAAGCCAUAUGAUCGUCGCUACGCGGUCUUUAAGAAGUCGCAGAUUCUAGAGGAUGAGGCCUCGAAGCAGAACAAGAAUUCAGGACUCGCUACAAGUCACUGGGCAGACACUAAGAAGCCCGCCGCCCCUGCCCCUACGACUGUGGCCGGAACAAGUGCGGCCCCUGGCUCUGCCCCGACACGCCAGCAGCAGCCGUCAGGAUAUCAUUUUCCAAGUCGCAAAGCGAAAGGCAGACCUGCAUUCAGCGCCAAUCGCUCCUCGACCUACCCCGCCCCUCGGCGCCCCAUCACGAGGAUGGAGGUCAUGUUAUAUGACAACUUUUCUGCCCGAAGCAAGGCAUGGGAUGCCUAUGGUAGGCUAGGGGGCGCGUCGUACAAGUUUGGUGCCCCACCGUUUGAGAUUGAGUUGACUGAUAACAAGAUGUCGGCCGACUUGCUUUCGUGCCGAUACAACAACAAGGUACCGACCGCGCUUCAAGGUGUAAACGAGUACAUCAAGAAGAUUGACCCGAAUGUCAAUCUUGAGUUUGGCCACCACAGGCGUGGCAGACUCAACAUGCUGGUUCUUGCCAUCAACAGUGAGACUCGAAACGAGGUGAUGAAGUAUGUAGGAGCUGUUUUUGAGAUUGCCGUGGCCUACGUGAAGCAAGCGCAAGAGCGCAGAGAUAUCUCCAUUGGAAUCUUCUUCAAGAACCGAGAAGCCGAGCUGAAAGCUGCGGCCACGAACCCGCAAGGUAUUGCCAGAGGCGCCAUGACCAUUAGUUCUACCAAUGCCGCGGCAUCCAGUCAGGACCCUUUGAGAAUCAAGAUGAUUGAACAUGUCAAGCAUAUCCUCAAGAGCACAGAUGUCAUCAAGAGAGGAGUGGCCAUGGACCACUUUGUCAACAACGCCCCCACUAUCCUAAGGUUUGAGUCCAAGGAUGUUCCCUUUGGCGCUGAGACUUUCGCCUUCAGAGUGAAGGAGGCUUGGGCAGAGUUGCUACAGCCGGGCUCUGCGAGCAGUGCAGCCAGUUGGUACGAUGGCUGGCUCAUUCAGAGACACGAGAAGAGCAUCGAAUAUGCCGCCAAGGAGCAGGCUGAAAGAGAGCGGGCCAGAUCCGCUGCUCUCCAGAUUCCCGCCCCCAUGCCGCCCAUGCAGGCGCCGCCUACUUUCCCCUCGGUGCCACCUAUGCCAUACGGAGGCCAUGCAUGGGUUCAACAGCAGCCGGCUUACCCUCAAUCGGCCCCAUCAUGGCAGCAGCCGCAGCAGCCGUACCAGGCACCGCCUGCCCAGUGGCAGUAUCCGGCACAAAGUGCCCAGUGGCAGCAGCAGCAGCCCCAGUGGCAGCAGCAGCCACAGCAGCCGUACCAGCAGCCGUACCAGAGCGCAAGUGCUCCCUGGCAGCAGCCGCCAGGUCCCCCUCCGGGUCAGUACUACGGCCCGCCCCCACCGGGUCAGAGAUACCCUGGCCAGCCACCCUACCAUUGAAUAGAGAG